GCCAUAUCUGUUUCUGAAGAACACAGAGAAGAAGAAGAAAUGGGAGGAAACUCGCCUUGCGCAUCUUGCAAGUUGCUGAGACGUCGAUGCGCUAAGGGCUGCAUAUUCGCUCCUUAUUUUCCUCCUGAUGAUCCUCACCGUUUCGCCAUUGUCCACAAGGUCUUUGGUGCGAGCAACAUCAGCAAAAUGUUGCAGGAGCUACCAGUGCAUCAGAGAGCUGACGCGGUGAGCAGCCUUGUGUACGAAGCCAAUGCGAGAGUCCGAGACCCUGUGUAUGGAUGCGUUGGCGCCAUCUCCUACCUCCAAAACCAGGUGGCUCAGCUACAGAUGCAGCUCGCCGUGGCUCAGGCCGAGAUCCUGUGCAUACAAGUCCAGCAAGAGCCCCUGGCCAUGCCGUCCCCGGUCAUACCGAUGGACGGCUCUGGCGACAAGUCGUUCCUCCUCCACAAUAACCUCCCUCAGUACUUUAACUUGGCGUCCAACUCCAGCAAUGUAACUCAUGAGUCUCUCAAGAGAGAGAGCUUCUAUGGACAGGACAUGGUUUCUUAA